UUUUGUCAUUUUCAAAAACAAAACAAAACAAAAAACAAAAUCAUCAUGAAUGAAAAUGAAAAAUUAUUCGGUCAAUUAAUAAUCGGACCAGCUGGUAGUGGAAAAACUACUUAUUGUAAUGUUAUUUCCAAAUAUCUAAAUAAUCUUAAUCGUGAUGUGAUUAUUGUAAAUCUUGAUCCCGAUAAUGAAACAUUUCCAUAUAAUUGUCAUUUAAAUAUUCAUGAAAUGAUUCGUAUGAAUGAAGUUAUGCAAAAUGAAAAUUUAGGUCCAAAUGGUUCAUUUUUAUAUUGUAUUGAUUUUCUUUAUAAAAAUAUCGAAUGGUUAUACAGAAGAAUCAACGAAGAAUUUAUUAAAGCUAAACAACGUAUACAAUCAAAUGUGACAAACAAUGUUGAUCGUCGACAACCAUACAUUCUAUUCGAUUGUCCAGGACAAAUUGAAUUAUAUACUAAUUAUCCUGUGUUUAAAAAACUAAUACAUCAUCUAUUGAAUACAAAUCUAGAUCCUGAAACAAGUGAAAAAAGGCGGCAAAAAUUUCCAAUCGAUAUGCGAUUAGUAGCUGUUAAUAUUGUUGAUUCACAUUAUGCAAAUGAUCCAACAAAAUUUAUUACAGUCGUAUUGAAUUCACUAAUUUCUAUGCUACAUAUUGAAGCUCCAUUUAUUAAUGUUCUUUCAAAAAUCGAUCUCAUUGAACGUUAUGGUGAAAUUGAUUUUGGUUUAGAUUUUUAUUGUGAAUUGCCCGAUCUUAAUCGAUUGGUUGAUAGAAUUUCUGAUGAUCCACGAUUAGCACGUUAUAAAAAGCUUACCGAAGCUAUUGCAUCGAUUAUUGAAAAUUAUGCUAUAGUUUCAUAUGUACCAUUGAAUAUUAACGAUACAGAAAUGAUAACCAAAGUGAUCACUUUAGUCGAUAGAGCUAAUGGAUUUCAUAUAGCUGAUCUAUCAUCCAAUCAAGAUGUAUUUAAUUGUUAUCAAAAAAUUCAGGCAGAUUUUGAAGCAUCAAAAUAUGGUGAUCUUAGAUGAAAAAAUAAUAAAUCAAUUUUAUGAUUGCUGUAG